GGCUGAAGCGGGAGGAGGAGCGCAGUGUCCUCAGCCAAUCAGCGGCGCCCGCGGGGCAUGCUGGGAGGUGCGGCCUAGCGGCAGCGUCCGCCGCCCAUGGCCGAGCCGGAGGCUCCUGGCGCCUGCGGGGACGAGGCUGAGCAGGACGCGGAGUCCCCGACCUCCGACACGGAGCCCGGUGCUUCAGGUGACUCUGACAUGGAGCUGCUGCGGAACCUCCUGUCCCGGACGCUGGGGCUGGGUGGGGAGAAGCCGGAGAAGGUGCUGGAAGAGCUGACGCUGGAGGGAGUGAGCCGGUUCCUGCAGAGCGACAGAUGCAAGAACAUCGUGUGUAUGGUGGGCGCUGGCAUUUCCACUUCCGCCGGGAUCCCCGAUUUUCGCUCGCCCGGCACCGGGCUCUACGCCAACCUGCAGAGCUAUGACCUGCCCUACCCUGAAGCCAUCUUCGAGAUCAGUUUUUUCAAGCAAAACCCUGAGCCUUUUUUCGCUUUGGCACGGGAGCUUUACCCCGGGCAGUUCAAGCCCACCGUCUGCCACUACUUCAUGCGGCUGCUGCAGGAGAAGGGGCUGCUGCUGCGCUGCUACACCCAGAACAUUGACACGCUGGAACGGGUGGCGGGGCUGGAGCCAGAGCGGCUGGUGGAAGCGCAUGGAACGUUCUUCAGCUCCCACUGCCUGCGGCCGGGCUGCCGCCAGCACUACGGGCUGCGCUGGAUGGAGGAGCGCAUUUUCUCCUCCCUCGUCCCCCGAUGUGAAAAGUGUCAGAGUGUGGUGAAACCCGAUAUCGUUUUUUUCGGGGAGAGCCUCCCCUCCCGGUUCUUCACCCUCCUGCAGUCGGACUUCCAAAAAGUUGAUCUGCUCAUCAUCAUGGGCACCUCGCUGCAGGUGCAGCCUUUCGCCUCCCUCGUCAGCAGGGUCCCCACCAACACCCCCCGGCUCCUCAUCAACAAGGAGAAGACAGGGCAGAGUGACCCCCUCAUGUCUCUGAUGGGCUUCGGCUGUGGCAUGGACUUUGAUUCUGAAAAGGCUUACAGGGAUGUGGCAUGGCUGGGGGAGUGCGACGCCGGCUGCCUGGCACUAGCUGAUCUGCUGGGCUGGAAGAAGGAGCUGGAGGAGCUGGUGAAGAAGGAACACGCUGCCAUCGAUGCCAAGGCCCGGGGGGGCCGUGGCAAGGCCCGAGGGGGGCCCCCUGAGCCUGGGGGGGCGGGCCACGAAGCCCGGGGGGGGCCCAGUGAGGCUGGGGGGAGCAGCCACGACCCCACGCCGUAGUGGGGAGGUGACAUUAAAUGGCCGCAGAGCUGUUGG